UAGAGGUAAUCUAUUUUUCUUACUAAAAUAUUAUAGAAAUAUUUAUUAAUACUAACUGAGGCAUCAUUGCCAAGGGUAUUGAAAUGGAAAAAUUGUGCCUCUUCGUCAUAUUUUUGAAUUUGCUCGACUCGACCAUUUGCAGACCUCAAUCGACCAAUGUCAUAGACAGCAAGUUUGUUGACGCUGCAUUUGUGCAAUGGAAGAAUGAAUACAACAAGUUGUAUGCUUCAGAAAAUGAAGAAAAUCUAAGGAAAAAAAUUUGGGAACAAAAUUUGAAGUACGUGAAUGAACAAAACGAAAAACAUCAACAAGGAAUUUCAUCUUUUGAAGUCCACUUGAACAAGUUUGCAGAUCUUGAUAUUGCGGAAUUCAAUGACAUUUACAACAAAGCCACUCUGCAUGAACGGUCUCAUCACCAAUCAAACAGAAUGUAUGUCAGCAAAGGUUCAGUACCGGAUUCCAUCGAUUGGCGCGAACGCGGCUACGUAACUUCGGUUAAAAAUCAGAAACGAUGCGGAUCUUGUUGGGCAUUUGCAGCAGCUGGAGCACUCGAGGGACAACACAAAAAUAGGACAGGCAUUCUAGUCGAUAUCAGUGUCCAGAAUCUUGUAGAUUGUUGUGUAGGAGAUGAAGGUAACUAUGGAUGUAAUGGCGGAUCAAUAAUGACUGCCUACGAUUGUGUCCGGAGAGAGAUGGGAAUUGACAGCGAUAAAAAUUAUCCUUACCGUGCAAAGCAAAGUGAUCAGUGUCACUACGAUCCUAACAACAAUGUCCAAAUGGAUUACGGUUCCGAAUGGAUUCAGCAAGGGAACGAAAAUGCACUGAAAGACGCCGUUGCAACAGUUGGUCCGAUAUCUGUGGCGAUAGAUGCUGGACAUUACUCGUUUAUGCUGUAUAAAACAGGUAUUCUGGAUGAACCGAACUGCAGCACGACGUAUGUGAACCAUGGAGUUCUUGUCGUUGGUUACGGCAGCGAAGAUGGACAUGACUACUGGAUUGUCAAAAACAGUUAUAGCAAAUACUGGGGAGACAAGGGAUACCUUUUGAUGUCGAGAAACAAAGGAAACCAAUGUGCAAUUGCAACUGAUGCCAGCUUCCCAAUUAUUAGCGACUGAAAGCAAAAAGAAAUAUUGUUUUAUUAACAUACAAAAACAUCUAACAUUAAUAUAUAUCAUAUUAAAGAUUCAGUGCUAAACUGAUGCACGUUCAUGUUUUCCAAUUUAUGUAUAUUUUUCCUCUAAAAUCAAUUGUAUAUUGUGAAAAACACAUUAUAUUAGUGCUGUUAAAAUCGAUCUUUUGAUUCGGAAAAGGCUUUAAUAUUUCUUCCUGGCAUGUUGAAAUAUAGCAAAUAAAAUGAGAGCUUUGCUCGUUGCUUUUAAGCUG